AUGUUUGACUACAUCGCCAAAGAAAUUCUCCCUCUUGGAUUUUUCUUUUUCUUUUGCUCUGUUAUUGGAAUUGCUGGAAAUCUUGUGAUGCUAAUGUGUUCGUUUAGAACUAAAAGAUUUCGUUCUCCUUGCUAUAUUCUGAUUACGGUUACUUGUUUGGCGGAUGCAAUCCAUAUCAGUGGACAGUUCCCGUUUUGUGUGCAUCUCUUUGGAAAUUUGACAUCAACUCAAGCACAAUGCUACUACAUGCUCAUCGUUCCAUUAAUUGGCCUCACUUCUGGCGGACCACUCAUUCUAUCCAUGGGCAUCGACCGACUGAUUGCAGUCAAAUAUCCCACCAGAUAUCGGUACUUCCAAGAGGAGCCCAAGCUCUACGUUUUUGCUCAACUACUCUUCCCAAUAGCAUACGCGGUUAUUUUUCUGAUUUACGGAUUUUUGGUCAGAGACACGGACAGCAAAAAGCAAAUAAUAUGUGCGAAUCCGCUGGCUCUGAACGGAACUGCAUUUCAAAUGUUCACAUAUUCUAGUGGAAUCAUUUACGUAUUCGUUUUUAUCGUCUACCUAUCAGUAUACAUUCUUCUGAAAAGCAACAAAGCUAGCGCAAGAUUCAAAAGUGUAUUCCGCUCUCUGGCGGUUACUGUAGGUCUUGUGAUGUUUGGAUGGGUUUCCACUACAACUGCAAACACCUUAUCUUAUUCCAUUUCGGAUAGCGCUUAUACUGCUCAACUCAUUCAAAUGUAUGCUGGAAUCACAGUCAAUGCAGCAGCCGCUUCAAACGUCUUUGUUUUUUAUGCAAUCAACUCGGAGUAUCGGGAAGUGAUCAAAGCAUUGUUCGGCUGCAAGAGCAAGGCAAACUCUCCAGCAUUCGAAGCAUCAAGUACCAUGGUGACAGUAAAAUCAGAUGCGAACCUUCAGAAGAGAAGAUCCACGAUUCUGUUCGUCAACCAAGUCUAUCGUCCCAAUCAUUAA